AUGAACACCACCAAUCCAGGCUCCAACUUCACUUUUAACACAGAAAGCAUCGCUCUGUCCAGCCUGACGACCACAGGUGUCCCCACUCCCACCAUCCCACAGCCACCGUCCUAUUCUUCAGACAUCCAUGACCCAGAAUUCACCAUCAUGGUGGUGCUGGGCUUGUCAUUGCUGCUGGCGGGGGUAGCAGCCUUCCUGGCAGUUUGCCGACCCUCUGAGCAGGAUGGGGACUCUGAGGCGAGCUGUGGCCUGGGAGAGAGCUUGACUCGGGGAAGAGGCUUAUCCAGUGAGCCCCAGCUAAAGGUGUGGAAGAGACUGGGCUCAUAUCGGCGUUCGUACAACCUCUCGUUCAGACGACCGCCUCAUCGCAGGCCGCAUGAGAGUACACAUGCCAUGCAGUCUCCAGCCCGACAGACGCCGCAGCCAGAGGCCAGCGUGGAGUCCCACCUCACUAUGCCUUGUCUAUUUGACUAUGUUACUGAAAUCUGACAGGCUGAUGAGAGAAGACUGACUGUUCCCCAGACGUGACACGCUGGUUUUUUAUGCUUGGUGCUGCGAACAUUACGAAUAAGGAGAGGGCAUUUCUUAGUAUUUGUUUUAACAUUCUGUGAAUUGCAGGUGGAUGAGGUUUGCUGCAAAAUUGUUAAAAGAAAGCAGCAGGCGAGCAGAUUUUUCUAAAUUGAUCAGUUUAUCCUUUGCAGCAGGUAGAACUGUAGCACUGAUUGUCUUUUCAAUUGCAGUACAGAUGCAAAUGAUUUAAUCCAUUUAUGACUCCGUUUGAUUACAGUGAACACAUAGUCAACAUAAACACAUACUAGUCUAAACAGUGACCUAAGCCUCUACGGACACCAUCACA